GGUGCUGGCGAUGCUCGGGGUCGUGCUCGCGGGGCGGGUGAGCCUGGGGAGCCGCUGGGCCGCGUCGCCCCCCGCUCCGUCGGCGGCCCCGCGCGGGCGCAGCGGCGCCCCGGCCGGGGAGCGGAGCCUGCUCUCCCGGCGGAGAUCGCGCUCCUGGAGCUGGCCCGCUUCGGGCUCGAGGCCGAGGCCGCCGCCAGCAGGCUGCCCCAGCACCUUGGGAGGGAGGCCGAGCGGCUGCGCGGUGCGGCGAGGGACGCCCACAGGCUCCGGGCUCCAGAGGAGGGACAGGUUCGGGAAGAGUUCCCGCAGGUCGAGCAGGGUUACCAGAGCAUGUCUCAGCACUGGCAGGGCCUCCUGGCCAAGGCGAAGGCGAGCCUGGAGCCGCAGUGCGCGGCGGGCGGCGCCUGCGGCCCACCGUAGUGGCCAGGCGUCGCGGGGGUCCUCCCCGCGCGCUGCGGCCCAAGACCUCCGAGCCGACCCCGUGGGGCUUCACGGCGCGUGCUCUCGCGCGCGGCGCGGGAAGA